AUGUCUCCCUCCACUUCCUUUGGACCCACAGCGGUGCGUGCCGACACGACAAAGAUACUUGCUGAUCUUCGCAAGUUGAUGGCUCAGCAUAACGUUGAUGUAUAUGUUGUGCCUUCUGAAGACGCUCAUCAGAGCGAAUAUAUUGCUCCUGUGGACGCUCGGCGUGCGUUUGUAUCCGGAUUCACGGGUUCGGCAGGCUGCGCUGUCGUGACUGCGACGAAAGCCUCGCUCGCAACGGACGGCCGCUACUUUCUUCAAGCCGAGCAGGAGCUGGAUUCCAACUGGGAGUUGCUUAAGCAAGGACUUCCGGAUGUGCCUACUUGGCAAGAAUGGGUCUUGCGGGAGGCUGAAGGAGGAAAAAACGUCGGUGUUGAUGCCACGCUGCUUACUGCUGCCCAAGCGAAGAGUCUCGCGGAAAAGCUCAAGAGCCGGAAGGGCGGAUCACUUGUGGGUAUGGACCUCAACUUGGUUGAUAUGGUCUGGGAGGAUCAGCCGAUGCGCCCGAAAGAGAAAGUGAGGGUUCUUGGAUUGGAGUACGCCGGCAAGCCUUUUGAGGAGAAGCUGGUCGAUAUACGGAAAGAGAUCGAAAAGCAGAAAGGAUCUGGACUGAUCGUGUCUAUGCUGGAUGAAAUUGCGUGGCUAUUCAACCUACGUGGAAAUGAUAUUCCCUACAACCCCGUCUUCUUCUCUUACGCAUUUGUGACACCUACCGAGGCUACUUUAUACAUUGAUGAAGACAAAGUCACCGCUGAGGUUAAAGAGUAUCUUGGAGAUUCGGUGAAGGUCAAACCCUACCAAGCGAUUUUCGAGGAUAUGAAGAGCUUUGGCGAAGUUACCGCGACUGCUGACCUCAAGGUUCUCGCGACUUCAAGUGCUUCUUGGGCCUUGACCAAGAGUAUUGAGCAAACCAAGUUGACGACCUUGAAAUCUGCACCGAUUGAGGCUGCCAAGGCGGUCAAAAAUUCUACAGAAGUUGAAGGUAUGCGAAAUGCGCAUAUCAAAGAUGGCGUUGCUCAGAUCCAGUAUUUCGCGUGGCUUGAAAGGGCUUUGAGUUCUGGCGCAUCUCUUGAUGAGGUUCAAGUUGCCGAUAAGUUGGAGGAGUACAGAUCACUUCAAAAGGAUUUUGUCGGACUCAGUUUCCCAACAAUUUCUUCGGCGGGAUCCAAUGGCGCGAUUAUUCAUUACCAACCUGAGAAGAACACUUGUGCGCUGGUGAAGAAGGACCUGAUCUAUCUUUGCGAUUCCGGUGCCCAAUUCUUGGACGGAACAACUGACUCAACCCGUACGCUGCAUUACGGAGAGCCUACUGAGGCAGAGAGAAAGGCGUAUACGCUGGUGUUGAAGGGUCACAUUGCUGUAGCGCGUGCGGUGUUUCCUAAAGGUUCCAGCGGAUUCAUCCUAGACAUUCUCGCGCGUCAGUAUCUGUGGAAAGAAGGAUUGGAUUACCGUCACGGAACCGGACACGGUGUUGGCAGCUUCCUGAAUGUGCACGAGGGACCGAUUGGAAUUGGCACCAGAAUGCAGUACAACGAGGUUCCGUUGGAGGUGGGAAUGCUGAUUUCCAACGAGCCUGGGUACUACGAGGAUGGGCAGUACGGAAUCCGUAUUGAGAACGUGGUGCUUGUGGUCGAAAAGAAAACACCGCACAACUUUGGAGACAAGAAAUACUUCGGAUUCGACACAGUGACAAUGGUGCCGAUGUGUAAGAAGCUGACUGUUGUCGAGAUGCUAGAUGACGAUGAGAAGCAGUGGUUGAACGAAUAUCACGCAGAGGUGUUCAAGAAAACCUCGGGCUAUCUCAAAGGAGAUGAGAUCACUCUUGAGUGGCUCAAGCGGGAGACGGCGGCUAUUUAA